AUGUCGAAACGUCGACGUAUCGUAACUCAUGAAGUAAGCCCGAUCAAUUUGGACUGUGCCGAAGUUGGGAACAGUAAUCAACCAAUUAUUGACCUAACCAAAAGCGAUACUCCGAUCAAAGCAUCACGUAAAAGGGCAAGGAUAAGAGAUCGUGAACCUGGACAAGAGCAUACAGAACGAGAUCACUCCAUUAUUAUUAUUAGCGAUACAGAAGAAGAUACUAAUGUAAUUAAUACCUCAGAAAGAACGAAUCGUACUAGCAGUAAACUAACUUCAGUCAAUCAACAUUGGUCUUCACCUUCAUCACAACCAUUAAAUAGUGUCAAUGACAAUACCUCGCCCUCACCAGUUAUCGAAUGUCCAAUAUGUAAAGAAAGCUAUAGCCAGAUCAAGAAAACACGUACGCUACAAUCGACUGUAUGUGGCCAUAUAUUUUGUAGUUCUUGCCUAAAGAUCGCUCUUAAACGUAAAAAUGAAUGUCCUAUCUGUCGUAAAAAAGUAUUAGCCAAAAAUGUCCAUGAUGUCUAUAUUUGA